AUGUGUCAGCAAGAGUUCGAAGAGUCCGCUCCAAGAACAUGGCUGCUCUCAGAAAACAGGCAUUCGUCACCAACGCAAUCCGACAUCCGAUCUGUCAGGCCUGACGAAUCUCUACAGAGACAAGCGAAUGCCAAACCAACAACCUUGCAAAGAACUCUGCCAGCACAAGUAGGUUGCAAGGGUGGUGAAAAGCCCAUCUUCAGACCCAUAUGGCUUGAUAUCACGCGCCCUGAAGAUGCAUCUAUUUUUCGGCAUACGGGAUUCACCGAUAUUGACGACGCCUGGACACAUCCAUCACUAAGCGAGCAGGCAUUUACCGAGAUCAUCAUCAACAACAGGAAGAAUUUGAAGGAAUACCUCACCAAGGACCCUUUGGCCAUUGAAUACACAGAUAGCUGCACUUGUCAGUGUUCACCUGAAGGUUAUACGCCUUUUGCUCAUGCGAUACGGUGCCUUUUGGAAAGCUAUUCAUCAGAUACUGACGAGCUGCGAUCAUUCGUGGAAGACUUUGGAGGAAUGUUGACCACGUAUCAACAUACGACUGUUUUAAGGCAAGCGGUCUUCGCCGAUCUCGAUAUGGUACACACAUGUUCCACCAGGUCGGAUUUUCCAGAUGAGGCGCUACACGAUCGUGUCUAUACCGCGACAGAUGAUGGUGACAAAGCAGCCUUUAUCGAUAGCGUGACUGUCGAGUUCAAACGAUGCAUGCUUGAGGAUGCCGACACAGCAGAGAGCGAAGGAGAAAAUGACGACAUGUAUCUCUUUCGUGAGACUAGUAAACAUCACCAACGUGCUUUGGGAUUCUGGGACCAAAUUUUGCCCUCCAUGAUGGGGAAAUUUGAGCAGACUUUGGCGUCUACAUGGAAUCCUGACCCUGAGGCUUUGAAAGACCUGGGGGUAACUCUAUGGAUCGAGGAAGAGAAGAAACAAGAAAUCUGUGCUAGGGUGUAUGAAGUUAGAAGGGAUGACGAGGAGAGCCGCAGGAUGGCAUUUAAAGAACUUAUGGACAAGCUAGAGAUGAUCGAAUGA